AUGUGAUGCCUUGUUUCGUUUCGCUUUCCGAUAUAUUGCGAAUGAGUGUCCGUUGUUUGACAUACUGUGUUAAAGUGUAGCUGAAUAUCGUCAUCAUGUGUAAUCCAUGGUUCUGUGUUGGAAUGGGAUGGCUUCCCAUGUCUGUUGGAGUCAUGGUAAUGGCUACCUUCACUAUAUCGUACAGUAUAUCUGUUAGUUUAGGACAUGUACCAGCAGAAUUUCCUUAUAUCAGUGAUACUGGUACUUAUGUUCCAGAAAGCUGUAUUUUUGGACAACUUCUCAAUAUUGCUGCUGCCUUAGCAUUUGCUACAAUGUAUGUUCGGUACAAGAAUGUGAUCGAGUAUAAUCAUAAUGAAGAUUCCAGAGUGCUACUGUGGAAUAAGAUAGGACUGGUCAUGGGUUCACUAGCUGCUCUUGGUAUGAGUAUGGUGGCAAAUUUUCAGGAAAGUAAUGUUUUGGUGAUGCACAUGGUCGGAGCAAAUAUGUGUUUUGGAAUUGGUAUUCUUUACUGCUAUGUGCAUUCCUGGAUUUCAUAUAAAAUGAUGCCAUUUCAUGCGAGCCAUCAUGAAUAUAUGGCACGUAUUAUAUGUUCAGUUGUUGGUUCCGUCAGUUUCAUAUUCACAUCUAUAUUUGCUGCUGUUGCACAAUCAAAAUGGGAAGGAGAAAAACCAACAAAAUGGAGUCCUGAAGAUGGAGGUUUUCCAGAACAUAUUGUCAGCACGGUGUCUGAAUGGAUUCUAGCAGUUUCAUUUCUUCUCUAUUUUUUCACCUACAUAAGAGAGUUCCAAAAGAUUCGAAUGGAAGCAAACAUAAGACUCUACACUGAGGACAUGAUGCCAAUUAAUGAUCCAGAAGUUUGACUAAAUUGAUGUUGUACUUGCUAUUAUUUUAUGCACCAUGCUUUGUAAUUAUUGUGGUAAACUGCAAAUGUCACAAACAUGCUGUGCUUGAAAGUGACUGCUUCGUCAAUGGUUCAUUAACAGAUUAUUUUUAUGAUGUAAAAAUUGGUGUAGUAUGAAAUAUCAAAAUUCAAAUAUAUAUUAUCACUAAUUGGAAUUGUUUUAAAACAUAUAUAAG